CAAACAUCAUGUCGACAACCCGCUUGCCCAACGUCCCUGCGAUUCGGAAACAGCAGCUUCUCCUAGAAUUCGCAAGCUUGCAACAUGCCGCUCCUCCGGGAACUUACAUGAGCCUCAGCCCGGGCGAUCCAACGCUUUGGUUGGGAGUCAUCUUUGUUCGCUCCGGCCCCUAUGCCUCCGCCGUCCUCCGCUUCCAGAUCCGGUUCCCCACGUCCUAUCCCGAUAUGCCUCCUCUAGUGAACUUCGCCACUGACGUCUUCCAUCCCUUAAUCGUCCCCCUCACCACAUACACAUUCAGCACCGGUGCCUCAAGCGAGGAUCCAGUCAGCGCAACAGACGAAGAGCGGCUACACCCUGGCGGGUUCAGUCUGCGGCACGGAUUCCCGCACUGGUUUGGCCGCGCAAAGCGAGCUGGAUUACAAUCCGCCACUCCGCCUAGAGAGACCGCCAGUGUGCGUAAUUCGACUGCUACUAGCGAAGGGGUGUCCAAUACCCUCUGCAGGGAAAGCAUGUCCGGGGAUAACGGCACCGCCAACGAACAGACAGAGCCUCAGUCGAAAGAAGAUGACGAGAAUGAAAAUGAGGAUGAAGGCGAGGCCGUCGCCCCGUCGUCAGUAGAGCAGCCGGUUGAGCCUAGAAAGACUGUCCCUGUAUCAGAGCUGCUGGAUUACAUUCGGUCUACGUUCGACAAUGAGACGGUCCUCGAUUCUUUACCGCUGGAAGCAGCCGGAAACCCGAGUGCGUGGCAUGCGUGGAAGGCUCAUCGGAAGGGAAGCACUGCUUCUGCAUCGAAGAAGGGGAGCCCGCAGGCGAGGUCCCCGGGAGACUGGCAUUGGGAUGGGAUCUGGGCCAGACGGGUGCAGAACGAGAUUGAGGCUAGUAGUUCGGAUGCGAUGUUGUAUGGGAAUACGACGCGGGGAGGAGUCGAGGAGAUGGUAAUACCUGACACACAGUGUGUUAAUGAUCAGCUGCUAACAAGCUCACAGAUCCGGUUCAGCCGCCUCGACGAAUCCACCCUGGCAUCAGUCAAAGAGAUGAUGAUUCCACGCACAGAGGCAGUGCGUGAGUAAUUCAAUAUACCCUUAAUAGAACCGAUCGUGGCUCAGUUGACCUGACCUGAUCUCAUACAUAAUCAAAAAGUCAUUAAUC